AAAUUUUGAUUCAAAUACUGGCGGUGCGUUGGAGGCAAGCAAAGGGAAGGGGAGCGAGAGAGAGCGAGAGAGAGAGCGAGAGAGAGAGAAUGGCGAGUAGAAUCUUCUUUUUGUCGUGCCUCCGCGCCGACGGCUCGUACCGGAGCCUCUCGCCGCGGCCGCACUACCCGUCGAUGCCGAAAUACCCGAAGGGGGCAAAGGCCUCGGCCGCGGCGAAUGGCGGCGGCGACGACUCCGGGGCGACGCCGCAGGAGGAGGAGGACGAGCAGGAGAAGAAGGUGGCGCUAUUCUCCGUGCUCGGUAUGACCUGUGGGGCCUGUGCCGGAUCGGUCGAGAAGGCGAUCAAGCGGCUGCCGGGUAUCCACGAUGCGGCCGUCGACGUUCUCAACGCCAGGGUCCAAGUCAUCUUCUAUCCCGCCUUCGUCUCUGAGGAUACAAUUAGAGAAACUAUUGAUGAUGCUGGAUUUGAAGCUGCACUAAUCAAAGAGGAGGUUAAAGAAAAGCCUACUCUAAUAUGUAGAUUGCGCAUAAAAGGAAUGACUUGUACAUCUUGCUCAAGUACCAUUGAAUCUGCUUUGCAAGCUAUUGCUGGUGUACGGAAAGCUUUAGUAGCCUUGGCAACUGAAGAAGCAGAGAUCUGCUAUGAUCCUAAGCUUGUAAGCCCCACCCAGCUAAUGGAGGUAGUUAAAGACACCGGUUUUGAAUCUAUACUUAUUACCACAGGGGAAGAUAGGAAUAGAGUAGAGCUCAGAGUUGAUGGAGAACUUGAUGGAAGAUCUAUGUCUAUGGUUAAAAAUUCUCUACAAGCACUCCCUGGAGUUGAAGAUGUAAACAUUGAUCCUGCACUUCACAAAGUUACUGUAUCUUACAAGUCAGAUCAGACAGGUCCUCGGAACUUCAUUGAAAUUAUUGAAUCAACGGGGUCUGGGCGUCUCAGGGCAUCACUAUACCCAGAAGGAGGGGGAAGGGAACUUCACAAGCAUGAGGAGAUAAAGCAGUACUAUCGAUCUUUUCUUUGGAGUUUGGUAUUCGCAAUCCCAGUGUUUCUCACUUCUAUGGUGUUUAUGUAUAUACCAGGAAUCAAGCAUGGACUAGAUAAGAAAGUUGUAAACAUGUUGAGCAUUGGAGAGCUUCUGAGAUGGAUUUUAUCUACCCCGGUCCAGUUUAUAAUCGGCAGAAGGUUUUACACCGGUGCUUACAAAGCGUUGAGACAUGGAUCUGCUAAUAUGGAUGUGUUGGUUGCCCUUGGCACGAAUGCUGCAUACUUUUAUUCAAUCUACUCAGUGCUCAGAGCAGCAACUUCACAAAAUUUCAAGGGGACUGAUUUUUUUGAAACAAGUUCAAUGCUUAUCUCGUUCAUCCUUCUGGGAAAGUAUCUUGAGAUCUUGGCCAAGGGUAAAACAUCAGAGGCCAUCGCCAAACUCAUGGAUUUGGCACCAGAAACUGCAACACUUUUAACUUAUGACAAUGAAGGAAAUGUCAUAAAUGAAAAAGAGAUUGAUAGUCGACUAAUACAAAAGAACGAUGUGAUUAAAGUAAUACCUGGUGGGAAGGUAGCUUCGGAUGGUUUUGUUAUAUGGGGUCAGAGCUAUGUCAAUGAGAGCAUGAUAACGGGGGAAUCACGACCUGUUGGAAAGAGGAAGGGUGAUACUGUGAUUGGUGGGACUGUGAAUGAAAAUGGUGUGUUGCAUGUACAGGCAACUCAUGUUGGAUCAGAGAAUGCUCUAUCACAGAUUGUUCGUCUUGUUGAAUCAGCACAAAUGGCCAAAGCCCCUGUGCAGAAGUUCGCUGAUCGCAUUUCCAAGUAUUUUGUGCCUCUCGUUAUCAUUCUUGCAUUCUUUACUUGGCUUGCAUGGUUUUUAGCAGGAAAGUUCAGUAGCUACCCAAAGUCCUGGAUACCGUCCUCCAUGGAUAGCUUUGAACUUGCUCUACAAUUCGGCAUAUCAGUUAUGGUCAUUGCCUGUCCAUGUGCCCUUGGCCUGGCAACUCCAACAGCUGUUAUGGUUGGAACUGGUGUUGGUGCUUCUCAAGGUGUGCUGAUUAAAGGGGGGCAAGCACUGGAGAGUGCACAUAAGGUCGAUUGUGUUGUUUUCGACAAGACAGGCACUCUUACCACUGGAAAGCCUGUUGUUGUUAGCACAAGGCUCCUGAAGCAUAUGUUGUUACGUGACUUCUAUGAAUAUGUUGCAGCGGCUGAGGUCAACAGUGAGCACCCUCUGGCAAAGGCCAUAGUUCAGUAUGCCAAAAAGUUCAAAGAAGAACAAGAAAACCAUUUGUGGCCUGAAGCAGAAGACUUUAUAUCUGUAACAGGCCGUGGUGUCAAAGCAACGGUUGGAAACAAAGAAAUAAUUGUGGGCAACAAGAGCUUGAUGUUGGACUCAGGCAUCCGUGUCCCUGUUGCAGCCCGUGAAAUUCUUGCUGAAGCUGAGGAAAUGGCACAGACAGGAAUAAUGGUUUCGUUGGAUGGAGAAGUUGUUGGAAUAAUCACAGUUUCUGAUCCAUUGAAACCCAAUGCCCAAGAUGUGAUAUCUCUUCUUAAGUCCAUGGAAGUGAAAAGCAUUAUGGUAACAGGGGAUAACUGGGGUACUGCAAAUGCGAUCGCCAAAGAAGUUGGGAUCGAUACUGUUGUUGCUGAAGCAAAACCAGAGCAGAAAGCACAGAAAAUAAAGGAACUACAGAUGUCUGGCUUGACGGUGGCCAUGGUUGGUGAUGGAAUCAAUGACUCACCGGCACUUGUUUCUGCUGAUGUCGGGAUGGCCAUAGGUGCUGGUACGGAUAUUGCCAUUGAAGCUGCUGACAUAGUCCUUAUGAAGAGCAACUUGGAGGAUGUAAUAACUGCAAUUGAUCUCUCGAGGAAAACUUUCUCACGGAUCCACAUGAACUACAUCUGGGCUCUUGGUUACAACAUCAUGGGCAUACCUAUUGCUGCCGGGGUUCUUUUCCCAUCUUCUAGAUUCCGCUUGCCACCAUGGAUUGCUGGUGCUGCAAUGGCUGCUUCAUCGGUUAGCGUUGUUUGUUGCUCUCUGUUGUUAAAGAACUACAGAAGGCCCAAGAAGUUGGAUACUCUUCAAAUCAGGGAAAUCUUGGUUGAAUGAUUGAUGGUAAGUUGGGUGUGGCUUAGGAUAAAUUUGUGCAUAUGUUUGCAACCCUGGAGUGGUUGACGAGGUUGCUUUAAUAAACUGUGCAAAAUCAGACUGCUGUAAUGCUUGUCUAAAUGGAUAAAUGCUUGCAUGGUGCAAGUUCUUUAGUUAAUAAGUUACCUUCAUUCAUUCAUUCAUUCAUCUACAGCUUCAUUAAUACAAUUAUUUAUACAUCCUUUCCUUGUUA